CUGGCCCGUUACUUAGUGCUUGUAAUGGAGGGCGAAAAAAUCGAUUUGGUUUAAACCGGGUCGUGAAAAAUAUUGGACACGUGAUAUCAGAAGCGCUUUUUUUCGCAAUCACGUUGCGACUAGUUGUGGUAGAAGACACAGGCACAAAUCAGCUGAUUGCUGCAGUUUUAAGGUAUGGUAAUGCAAGGUUGUUUUUGAAAUUGUGACGAAUGGAGUAUGUCUUCAAUCUUCUGUUCUGGUUUGUCUGACUUUUGGCUUCCUCCCACUUCAUUCGCUUUCGGGUGACUCUAAACUUCGGCUUUUCAAAGAAAAACUACCCAAUGAACGGAUUGGUGACACUGAUAAAUUUAUUUACAGAUAUUGGCUUAACCUGACUAUGAGGACUACCGUGAGAAAUUGGGAGGUAUUCUUGGAACAUAUACAAGAAUAUUAUCCUAACGUUCAAAUAACUAUUCAGCAAAAAUAAUGACUAGUGACCCAAUUUUAAUUUGUGAUUGUGAAGAAAAAUGCGAACAUUGCAGUAGUCAGACCGCUUCACAAAUUGAUGCAAUCUUGCCAAAUCCAACGGAACCAAUUUAUCAUCACAUUACGGAAUUUUGUUAUGAUUUUGACUCAGAGGGUAUACUUCGUCACAUUCAUACAGGAGAAACAUUCUCUGUUAAAAUGACUCCAAUGGGUCCCUUAUUAAAGAGACAAGAGAUAAUUCGUGCGAUUUGCACACGUCUUGUUCGCCAGAAAUUGUUCAGCUUAAAUAUGGAAUCAAGUCAAAUACCAAUUCCUGGACAUCCAUCAAAAUGUAUGCGAGUUUUACACUCAGCAAACUUUUUCACUCACAAAGGGCCUCUUAUUAUCCUACUUCAAGGCGGAGGUGUUGCUCAAGCGGGUGUAUGGUCUCCACGACUUCUAUUACAUCCAGAACAUGGUCUUCGAUCUGGUAGUCAGAUAUCUUUAGUAGAAAAGGCACAUGCACUUGGUUAUGCCAUCGCUAUUAUCAAUGCUAAUGAACAUGUACCAAGUGAAGCUGAAAUGGACGCGAUGGAAUCAUUUUCUAGUAGUUGUCAACCUGUAAUCGAUAUUACAAAAUGUAUCAAUCACAAUGUUGUAAAUGUUCAGUGUAAAUCUGCAGUCCAUGAAAAGUCUAGUUCAUGUAUAUCGAAUCUAUCUGCUUGCUUAACUCUAUCCGAUACUCCAAUCACACUAUUGCCAACAACUAUAUUUGAGAAUAGUGAUCAAUUAUCGGCUCACUUUGAUCAUGCAAAUUCUGUGUUCAUGUCACAUAAUGAAUCAUCGUCCAAUUGGCAAGAAUCACAACCACAAGAUAGACGAUUAUUUCAACCGAAUUCAACACCGUCGUCACCAUUAUCACCGCCAUCACCAUCGUCGGCUCUAUCUUGGCUAUUAACUGGACCGAAUUCUUUAACCAAUCAUUUGAAUGCACAGAAUCCCUAUGUACUCACUACAAUGCCGAAUUCUAACGUCACUGAAUCUACAUCAAUUACUACAACAACAGCAACAACUUCUGAUUUGUCAAGUCGUCUUGCAAAAUGCGUGUGCACUAACACAUCUUCCUCCCCGUCUUCGUCUACUUCGACGUCUUCUUCUGUGAGAUCAUUGUCUUUAAAAGCCAAUCACAACACAGUGAACAACAAUGAAUUACAAUCUCAAAUGAAUACAUUUCCAGUUGUAUCUGCUCAAAAUACUGCGAAAAACGCAAUACCGGUCUCACACAAUGUCCCUGUAGAUAUUGAUUCAUAUGACACAACUGCUGUAUUGAACUCACCUAACUGUCAACUGCGUAUAGACGAUGGUUGUUCCACUACUACUUGUGUGCAUCCAGUGAUCAAUACAACUGCUGUUCCAAUACUUCAAGCUGACGGUAAUCUUCCAUUUCCUACUUCUUUUUGUGCUCCUGCUUCUUAUUCGUCAUCGUCAAUCGAUGCAUCAGCAACACCAAUCAUCAAUUCAGAUCAAAAUGAUACAACGGCGAAUAAUCAUUCUGAAAGCAGUGAAUACGAUAUGUUGGAUGUUUCCGUAGAAGAUCGUUUGUACGGUAUGUGGCGUCAUAUUAUCCCACAUUGUGCAUCAAAUAAAAUAUGCGUAUGGGCUCAUCAAUUGGGUGCGGAUGCUUUUAUUCAUCCUUUUAAACCAAUGCCUGGUCUAUUUGAUGAUGAGCUAUUUCCGUCAUCAUCAUCAUCAUCAUGCGUUUCAUAUGAUGAAACAUCAUCCUCUGUGGUUAACAAUCAUCAUACUGAUAAUACAUGUACUAGUGGACAAGUUCCAUCGACUUCACUUUCUUCAUCUUGUACACAUAAUAAUAAUAUCCCGAUGAAUUCUGAUGCGUCACGUGACUUACACAAUGUUAACAACAUUAAAUUGGAAUCUACAGUUAAUAAUUCAAGAACUUUGAGGUCUAAAGUUUCAUUGGCUCAGAAUACUUCACCGAUGCGUGUUAAAAGACGUCGUUUGUCCAAUGAAUUAUUAGAAAGUAAUUCCAGAUUUUCAUCGAAUACUCCUGCAGAUGAUGCUAAAUUAAUCAGUAAUUAUUCCAGCAAUAUUGUUCGUCGUCGCAUGACUCGCAGUAGCAGCAGUGGAAGUAGUAGUAGCAGUAGUAGCAGUCGUAGUCGUCACAGCACCGGUGGCAGCACCACUGGUAACGAAUCUAGACGACGUUCUAAACGGAAACGUCAUUUGUCUGCCGGUCCUGUACUGACGAAUCUGCAUAGAAAUGAGCAGUCUACAAGCAAAGCUUCAAAUGUUCCUGUAGAAAGAGGACUAGGAGGUGUGAACAAUAAUACUUCUUCAACACUUGCCAGAAAUAAAUCUCAAUCGAUGAAAACUAGUCAAUUCAAAAGUGAGACACCAGCAGGAUCUAAUGCUGAUGCUAAAGAAAAUGAUUCAGAAGAUUCCACUGGAGGUGUAUGGCGAGACCGACGUAUUUAUGGACCAUGGAGGCAUCGUGUUACACCUGAAACUGCAAGACGAUCAUUUUUCUUACCAAGACGUCUUCCUCGUCGUCCACCCCCUCCUUUCGUUUUUACUACUACUAUUAAUAAUAAUAAUAGUAGUAGUAGUAGUUAUCCAUCAUCGUCAGUCGAGGUGAAAAAACCUCUAAGGAAUAAAUUUUCUCAUGUUCAAUUACCAGAAUUAAGUGGUUCUAUUUCCGAUGCAAAACAUUUCGCAAAAAAUGGUGGUGUUAUUUCUCAAGAUGUUGAAAUAUGGUCUACUUCCGCUAUAGACGAUUAUAAUGAUGAUUCAAAGGAACUUUUCCGAAUACGUUUAGCUAGAGCAUGGCAACGUAAAGCACAACGAUUAUUUUAUGAAUUCAGAUUUCGUGUUCGAGCUGUAGUAUUCACGGAUCCAUCAUGUUCGUUAGAUGUAUCAAAAGAAGAUAUCGGUUGGGGAUUAAAUCUACUUGAUAAAGAAACUGCAGAUGAUGAAGUUCCAAUGAUAUGUAGACCUUCGGCGUUUGAAGAAAAGUUACCAGGGGACGUUAUUAAAUUCAGACAAUGGUUAUCUGCGAAUUCAGUGAACUUUGUAGCAGCGGAUACUGAAUUUGGCGUUCUAUUGAAUCGAGAAGUUUAUCAUAAUGGUAUUGACGAUUAUGAUGAUGAAACAAUCUAUGAAAUUCCAAAAGUGUCAUCCGGUACAACUGAUACUGAUCUGAUUCCUGUCACCGUAUUAGAUAAUGUGUUCAUUUAUUUUCAACGCAGGCUAGAACUUCCAUUUUUCCCUCAAUGCUGGUUUUGAUUCGUUAGCGUGAACAUUGAAAAUACCACUACACAUCGACUGUCUGAAUGAAUCCUGUAAAUUCAACUAAAUCUUUCCUCCAAGAAUUUCACUUUUAUGUGUGUUGUUUAUUUUUUUUAUAUCUUAUUGUUUGUUAUAAAUAGAUGAUACGUUUCUCGUCAAAGCUCUUCAAAACACAUUUUACUAUGUCUCCAUUUAAAAUUUUCAUGAAAGAAAGAGAUUGUUGCGUCAAUUGCUUCGUAUUUAGCACUGUGUUAUUUUCGGUUACUAUAAUAAUUGUUCCCAUUGAAUUUUCAAUGGAACAAAACAGUACAUCGCUAUUUUUGUCCUAGUCUCUGUCUGCGCAUUGUUCUCGUUAGCAGCUGUAUUCUCGUGCCAUUUUCUCACACGAUCUCCUCAGACUAUCAACUACACACCUAACUUUAAUAGACAAAACACCAGUAGUUCAGCGAACAGUCUCUUUUCGGUGGCGAAUUCAUUUUCAUAGCUGUAGAAUCACAAAUAUAUAUGGUUACUUUGUCAAACGAAAAUACAAUUAGUAAGUUCAGAUGAAUUGGAUUUUGAUAAGUUGAUAGUGACAAAAGUGAUGAGUUGUCAUAAAUGAUUGUUAAAUAAGAGUUACUUGAUGGCGUGAAUAGUUUGAUGAAAGAGUUGUCCUCAGGGUGUACAUGGAAACAAAAUAAUACACAGAAUUACACAAGAAUUUUAAGUAGUUAGAAAAGAAAUAAAUAAGCAUACAAACAAAAGUUAAGUCAAAUCAACGGAGUUGUUACAAUGAGAGUAGAAGUGGUUGAAUAAUUUUCUUUUGUAUGCAUAGUUCUGGUUCUUCCGCCAACUGAAUGGCUAGGGCUUCUGCAAUGCAAAGAAGAAGGAAUCGUACUGUCUUUGGAAGGUUGUUCUUCACUUUGUAGAUUACUUUGAAGUAGGAGGCGUUUGUUGAGAUGGAAUGACCAGUGGUGACGAGAUGUUCGAUUAUUGCACUCCCUAUACGGCCAUUAGUUCCUUUCUGCAG